CCAUAAAAUGGAGGGCAAGAUAAAAGCUAAAGCCAUUUUGAAAUUCCUCCUGGGCAGAAAGCUGGAAUGUAGGACAUGUCCUGGAAAAGGAGGGUGCCUGGACAUCCUUGACAUUUAAGAAAAAUGUAGCACAUUCCACAAUAUAAGACAUUCUAAAAGCACUCCUAUAAAUGUAAAGCCAUGCUGCUUACCCAUGUCCUCCUGAACAGAAGGUUGAAAUGUGGGACAUGUCCUGGAAAAGGAGGGCAUCUGGUUACUGUGGCCUCUCCCCAUAGAUCAAGGGGGGGAAGAACAACAAUUAACAGGCAAACCACAGCCAAUAAAAACACAUCAGUCCAAAAUACACAUCAGUUUAAAUAGCCAUGGUGGUUAAAGUGGCAUCAAACCGGAUUAUUUCUGUAGCGCGGAUGCAGACUCAGUCAGACCAGGUGGUCUUUCACACUACGGAAUUAUAAUGCUAUGGUUCCACUUUAACUGCCCUGGCUUCAUCCAAGGAAUUGGAGUCCAGUUUGGGGAGGCACUGGAGCAUUUUGGCAAAGAAGUCUAAAAUCUCUUCCUUAGACUGCAAUGCAGAUCAUAGGAUAGUACAGUACUAUGGCAGUUAUAGUGGAAUCAUAGCGCAAUAAUGGUGUGGCACGAAAAGGGCUCUGGCUGUGGAGGAGAUUCCAGUCCUUCCUUUGCUAGCCGCUUUCCUACUAUCUCACCGGAACAGAUUAUCAUUUAUCUUUGGGACUUUCCCCACCGUAUUCUCCUCCUUGUUUUCCCAACAGGUUCUAGGCCACAGUAGCCCGGACCCCCUUCCGUGCAAACUGGAUGUCCAAAUUUUGGAAUGGGAGACCUGCGGAGGUGCCUAGCCAGCGGGGAGUAUGGCGUGCUGAAAGACUGUCCCCUGUUUGAGAGCAAUUUCAUGCAGGUUACCAAAACAGGGGAUGUAGCCAACAGGGUCACCGUGGGCAUCGCCGCCACCAGCCCAAGCCUGGAACUGCCUGAUCUUAUGUUGCUGGCACGGCCAGCCCCAUCCUUAACAACGCAGUGCGAAUGUCAGUGUCCAGAAGCAUUGCCUUUUCCUGAAGAGGAGCUGCAGCUUUUUGGGCUUCUGCCCUUGAAGUUUGUGCGGCUUUAUGUCCAUGAUGAGUCUCGAUUCCAGCUUAAAGUUCGCCUGGCCAAUGGUCGCACCUUUUACCUGCAACUUCUGACGCACCCCCUCAAACAGGAGUACGUAUUUGGACAGUGGAUACGCCUGUUGUACCGCCUGCGCUUUUACCACACGGAUGCUCCUAUCGCAUAUGAGCAGCAAGCUGCAGCCUACCGCCCUAAGAACCAGGGAAAAACCUCACCAUCAUAGCAGGAGGAAAAAAGAACAUGUUCUCAAAAGGUGAGGAAGAAGACACUUUGGGGAACCAAGGAUUUCUUUAUCUGUCCCCCCAGAACUAAUACAGAACAAGGUUCCCCUUCCAGACGAGCUCCCCAGUCUUGGAUAUGAUUCCUCCCAAUGCGAUGUUGCUGCAACGACCCCCCAAUGGAGGAGACAAUCCCCCCGCUCCCCCCUCCAAUAAAACCA